CAGUUUAAAUGUACAGUGUGUGACUAUACAGCUGCCCAAAAACCACAGCUCCUACGUCACAUGGAACAACAUGUCUCUUUCAAGCCUUUCCGUUGUGCACAUUGCCACUAUUCCUGCAACAUAUCUGGUUCCCUGAAGAGGCAUUACAACAGAAAGCAUCCUAAUGAAGAGUAUGUAAAUAUAGGUUCUGGGGAGCCUGCAGCAGAAGCCCUUAUCCAACAAGGUGGCAUUAAGUGUCCUGUUUGCAGCUUCGUGUACGGUACAAAAUGGGAGUUCAACAGACAUCUUAAAAACAAGCAUGGAAUGAAGCUAGUGGAACAUGAUGGGGAGACCAAAUGGGAGUUAACUGCUGAAGUUUCUGAAGAAGCAUCCACUCAGUAUCUCCAUAUCACGGAGGCUGGAGAAGAUGUUCAAGGCACUCAAGCUGCUGUAGCUGCAUUACAGAACCUUAGAUAUACUUCUGAGAAUGGUGAAAGACUUGAUCCAACAGCUGUAAACAUCCUGCAGCAGAUCAUUGAGUUGGGUUCGGAAACCCAUGAUGCCACUGCAGUUGCUUCUGUAGUUACCAUGGCACCUGGCACUGUGACAGUGGUAAAGCAGGUAAAAGAAGAGGAGCAAUCAGCCAAUCACACUUUGAUGAUUCAAGAGACACUGCAGCAGGCUUCAGUGGAGCUGUCUGAACAGCAUCACCUGGUAGUCUCAUCAGAUGAAGUGGAGGGAAUUGAGACGGUGACUGUCUAUACACAGGGUGGAGAGGCUUCAGAGUUCAUAGUUUAUGUUCAGGAAGCUAUGCAGCCUGUAGAAGAACAAACUGUGGAACAGUCGGUGCAGGAGCUCUAGAGAACAGUGUUCAAAGGAGAUGGCUACUUGAUUUGCCAAAGCCAAAAGGUUGGGGUUUUUUCCCAGCCAAAAGCAAGCAAGCUGACAAAUUUUCAGUUAAUUUCUGAAGCCAGACCUUGUUACUAGAUAGUGGUAUGACUGGUUGGAUUGUAUCAGUAACUUAGAUAUGUUAGGUACAAAACCUCCUCAGAUUUUUUUUUGUAAAAAAAAUCGUAUUUUGACAAAAAUGCGUUCUUCCCCUUCUUAGAAGAUCUCUCACUUGAUUCCUGUAAAUCCCCACAAAUAUUGUUUCUUCAA